AUGUGGAUAAACAAAAUAGGAAACAAAAGUGCUUCCUUUAUAAACCAUAAGCAUUUUCAUCCAGGGAAUAUAAAAAAUUUAGAAAGAGUAUGGUUAGCUGAAGAAAGCGAACGAAAAAGAAAAGAAGAAGAAGAAAAAUACUUAAAAAAGAGAGAAGAGCAAUACAAAUUGUAUGUUUUAAAAAAGCAGUUAACAAAAAACGAAGAAGAUAAUAAAAACGCCCUGCAUAAUAAUAUACUGUACGAUAUAAACAAAGAAAGGAAAAAAGAAAAUACAAACAAGAAAAUUAAUAUCACUUUUAGUGAAAAUGAACAAAAUGGAAUUGAUGCAAUAAAUAAUAAAUUAAUUAUAAAAUCGAAAUAUAAUGAAGACUUAUUUGUUAAGAACCAUAAGUCCAUUUAUGGUUCAUAUUAUGAUAUAGAAAAAAAAAAAUGGGGGUACAAAUGUUGUAAGAAAGUUAAUAAAAAUUCUAUAUGCACAAGCAAUGAUUGUGAUAAUACAAAAAUUAAUAAUACAAAUGGCGUGUGUGUCAAAAAGAAUUUAAGCAAAUCAAAAAAGAAGAAAAAAAAGAAGAAAAAAAACAUUGUUGAUAACAGUAUUUCUGCGCUUUUGAAUAAAAUAUUGUGA